CUCGCGGCGGCGGCAACAGGGACGCGAUGGCAGACGGCGGCGUCCCUGCCGAGGCGCCCGGCUCGCGGGGCUCCCCCGGGCAGGCCCGGCGGGUCCCGCACGCUGUCGGGCCGGGCGGCGGCAGCAGCGGUGGGGAAACCCCGCGGACACCGGCGCUGGCGCUGCGCUUCGACAAGCCCAUCAAGCAGGCCUUUUACAACACGGGGGCCGUGCUGUUCGUGUGCCUGUGUUGCGGCGCCGCGGUGCUGGUCUACUUCAUCCUGGAGGCCUUUCUGCGGCCGCUGCUGUGGGCCGUGCUGUGCGGCACCUUCCUGCACCCCUUCAAGAGCUCGCUGACGCGCCUGGGCCGCCACUGGCUGCAGCGCCUGCACCGCGCGCACACGCCCAUCGUGCUGGCCGCGCUGCUGCUGCCCCUCUGCUUCCUCGACUACGGCGUCGAGGCCCUGGGCGAGCAGGUGCUGCGCCGGCGCCGCUUGCUGCUGCUCCUUGGAGCCGGCGGCCCGCUCCUCUAUGGCCUCUACUGCCUGGGCAGCUACCUGGGCGUGCAGGUGUUGCUGGCACAUGCCGGCGUGCUCAUCUGCCGCGGGCUGGACUACUUCAGCAGCCUGUGGAUCUGGACGUUGGUAGUUGGCUAUGUGUUGACUGUUUCAUUCAAGUGGAAUGCAAGCACUGAACGCUACUUGAGAGCAGUUUCAAUUCCUGUCUGGAUUAUAUUGCUUUUUCAUUUAGCGUCCCUGGCUGGCUCAUGGAGAAUUCCAGUAUUCCUGGUUAUUGUUUUUCUGAUGUCUGUGGGCACCCUCUAUGAAAAACAGAAUGGAAAAGAAGCUUCUGGGGCAGAGUUACCAGGGCAAGUUAUUUCCAUGGCAGCUUCUACUCUAGCAAACUUGGCCAUCUCUAUCACAGGGUACGAAUCAAGCAGUGAAGACCAGCCCUCGACUCAGCCUGCAGAAACCACAGAUAAGGGAGAGCCUCCUCCAACAUUGUCCUCCUCCCCUUCGGCCUCCUCCCCUUCACCCACGCUGGGCAGACAAAGGCCUGAAAUCGGAACGUUUCUUAGAAAGAAGAAGAAAACUAGUGAUAUCUACUUCGUGUCCCUCGUUUGGGCCAUCGUCAGCGUCCAGAUCUGGUUGAACCUGUGGAUCGUGCAGUUGUUACCAGUGCCUAUUGCAGUCUGGAUACUCAAGAAGCUGUUCAUUCACUUUGGAGCUGUGGACUUCCUGGAGAAGCGCUACCGAGUGUGGUGGGGAGUCGUGGAGAGCUUCCUGAAGGAGCGGCGAGGUGCUCUCGCCCCUUGGCCAAUUGUCGGGCUUGGGAAAUUCUUGUUGAAAGUUGAUAGCAAGAUGAUCAUCUGGUUGGAGAAGAUGUUAGAUAAAAUAAUUAGCAUUUUCAUCAUAUUUUUGUUAGUGAUAGGAACUCUUCUUUUAGCCCUACUCCUGACUGCAAAGGUACAUCAAGAGAGCGUACACAUGAUUGAAGUCACAAGUAAUCUGAUUAAUGAAACUGUAGCAAAUCACCCUGAGUGGGCAAAUUGGCUUCCUGAGGCUCAGGUAGUCCAGAGAGCCCUGAAUUCUGCGGCUAACAAUGUUUAUCAGUAUGGACGAGAAUGGAUAACACACAAGCUUCAUAAAAUUCUAGGAGAUAAGAUGAACAACACAGCCGUAAUUGAAAAGCAAGUGCUGGAACUUUGGGACCGACUGUAUCAUUCUUGGUUUGUAAAGAAUGUAACACAUUCUGGAAGGCACAAAGGACACAAGAUGCAUGUAAGUCGUCAGAAUAGCUGGCUGGGAGACAUUCUGGACUGGCAGGAUAUUGCCUCCUUUGUCCACGAGAACAUCGAGACAUUUCUUUCGAUCCUGGAGUCUCUGUGGAUCGUGAUGAGCCGGAACGUGAGCCUGCUGUUCACCACCGUCACCACGCUCCUGACCAUCCUCUUCUACAGCGGGACGGCCCUUCUCAACUUCGUGCUCUCCCUGAUUAUUUUCCUGACCACACUAUUUUAUCUAUUAAGUUCCAGUGAUGAGUACUACAAGCCAGUGAAGUGGGUGAUAAGCCUGACUCCACUCUCUCAGCCAGGCCCUUCCUCUAAUAUCAUUGGCCAGUCUGUGGAAGAAGCUAUCAGAGGGGUGUUUGAUGCUUCCCUCAAAAUGGCUGGUUUCUAUGGAUUGUACACCUGGCUGACUCAUACUAUAUUUGGCAUCAAUAUUGUCUUCAUACCAUCAGCUUUAGCAGCAAUCCUUGGAGCAGUGCCAUUUCUGGGGACGUAUUGGGCAGCAAUACCUGCUGUUCUAGACCUGUGGCUGACACAAGGGUUGGGAUGCAAGGCCAUUUUACUGCUGAUUUUUCACCUCUUGCCAACAUACUUUGUAGAUACUGCAAUCUAUUCGGAUAUAUCAGGAGGUGGCCAUCCGUACCUGACAGGCUUAGCAGUGGCUGGCGGGGCAUACUACCUAGGCCUGGAAGGGGCAAUCAUUGGGCCCAUACUUCUCUGCAUACUGGUGGUUGCUUCCAAUAUCUACAGUGCCAUGCUAGUGAGUCCCACGAAUUCAGUGCCCACGCCAAACCAGACCCCGUGGCCUGCUCACACUCAGCGGACCUUCCGUGACAUUUCUGAAGAUCUGAAAUCUUCAGCAGACUGACAUGGUUUCCACUACAGUGAUUUUUCUAGGAAUUUGAACCUUGACAGUGAGUUGAACUCAGCUGUGAGCCCUCGCCCUUUCAGCUGUGCCUAGGAAGUACGGUCCAGGAAAGAAGCAGAAGCCUCCUGGCCUUACAUACCCAGUGCCUGGACAAGAGAGAACUUGCUGUGGGCUGCUUUGCAUUUUAAAACACUGCUUGGGAGUUCAGAAAUGUGGUUUGAUCGCUACACAGUUGCUAAGAUGGCUUAAAAAGUUUGUUUGUACACUGGUACUAUAGUUUAAAAUGUUUCCACUUUGGUUAUCUAUAUUAUUAUACUAUGUAUUUAUAAUGUUAUUUUAAGGACUCUAAACUACUUGUUGUCGAAA